AUCGCGAAGUUUCCUACUGCUUUGUAUUUUGGUGGCAGCAGGCAGCCAGCAGCAACCCGUGGAGGCAAGUCCAAGAAAGGUGGAGACUCCUGGUUAACUUCCUGCACAAUAAUCUUGUAGCAUCAGGAGGUUGGCGGUGCUGCUCCUGCUGCUGGGGCAAGGACGAAUGGAUAUUCGGCUCACUUGACUUCUUAAUCAGCAGUGAAUCGACAAAAACACUUUGUGGUUGAUUAUACACAUCUACCUGGCUAGUCGCUAGCUAGCAGCGAAGCUGCUGGAUAAGAGAUUCCCAACAUUUAAUAGCGAGGCGUUGUAAAGGACACGAAUGGAGGUUGUGGUGGAGUACGAGUACGAUGCGCUCCAUGAUGAUGAGCUGACCCUGCGACUAGGUGACAUCAUCAAGAAUGUGCGGUAUAUAGAGGAGGAUGGCUGGAUGGAGGGAGACCUCAAUGGGAAGAGGGGGCUCUUCCCCGACAACUUUGUGAAGGAAUUAAAGAAGGAAUCCAAAGAGGUCAAGGAAACAAAGAAUGACCCAAAAGAGGAGACCUCUCAGCCUCUGAGGAGAGAGAAGAGCGCAGGGAACGUGGCCAACCUAGUUCAGAGGAUGAGCACUAUCGGCAUACCAACUGGUGGCUUCCAGCCUCAGCCACCAGCAGCUAUAAAGAAGCCGAAGAAGAGACAGUGCAAGGUGUUGUUUGAGUAUCAGCCACAGAAUGAAGAUGAGCUGGAGCUGAAAAUCGGAGACAUCUUAGAAUUCACUGAAGAGGUUGAAGAGGGCUGGUGGAGUGGCAACUUGAACGGAAAGUCAGGACUAUUCCCAUCCAACUUCGUCAAAGAGUUUGAUGCCAGGGGAGAGGACGGAGAGUCCAGUGACACCACAGCAGAUGAGACUGAUGGAAGUGGAAUGGAGGGCACCACCACCCCCACAUCACCUCAGCCUGUCUCAGGGAACGGAGUUAUUGCUCAGCCCAAGAAGAUCCGAGGCGUUGGCUUUGGAGACAUUUUCAGGGAAGGGUCGGUCAAACUAAAGGUCCGACUGCCCAGCCCUGAAACAGAGGAAAAGAAGGAUAGACCAGUCCCGUCAUUACCAUCUGCCGCAAAAUCCACCCAUCCCAACAUGACAGACUUGCAGAGAGCAGAUGGAGAAAGCAAAUCUAAAGCUAAAGAGUACUACAAGGUCAUGUUUGGUUUUGAGGCUACGAAUGAGGACGAGUUGAGCCUGAAAGAGGGUGAUAUCAUCCACAUCAUGAGCAAGGACACAGGCGAGCCAGGCUGGUGGCGUGGGGAGAUCGGUGGUAAAGAAGGCGUCUUUCCUGACAACUUUGUGGUCAUGGUUUCUGAAGCAGAGAAAGAGGCUCUCACGUUGAGAGGGUCAGUGAAAUCAUCAUCUAAGCAGGAGUCAGAAGAGAAACCAAAGAAGCCACCUCCACCAUCAAAAAGCAUAGCUCUCAAACCGGAGAUUCCCAGUGUCGACAAGAAACCUAAUCCCAUCAGAACAGAGGACAGAGUUGACAAGCCUAUGCCAGAUCACAAACCAUCCAAGCCUGCAGCGCCAGUGGUCCCACCCAAGAAGCCGAUUCCCCCUCCAGGGAAAGGCAGACAGGGAAAUCUCCCACCAAAGAGGCCCGACAAGCCUCUCACUCCCUCACCAAUCCUCAAGCACAAUGGAGAGGUGCCUUCCACACGACCAAAGUCCGACUUUGAGCCCUUAUUGCCCAACAAACCCAAAACACUGUCUGGGGACUGGGGGGAGAAGUCCUCAGAUAUGGCAGAUCUGAUGAGUUUUGAUGAGUUGUCGUCUACCUCUGAGAAGCUCUCUCACCCCACUGCUAACAGACCAAAGAUGCCUGGCAGGAGGCUGCCUGCCCAGUUUGGUGGAGGAAAUUCGCCCAACAAGGAAGCGAAUGUGGAAAAAUCCUUCAAGGUCGAUGAAGAGGAUGCAGCAAAACCAAAGCUAACUGAAAACAGAAAGCCUUCCACAAACACCUUAUCCCAGUCAAUGUCUCUCCAAAAAUCAACUAUGGCCACCAACGAAAUCAAGCACAGCCCUGCAGCAGGCCAAAACUCAAACAGCAUCUCUCAGAGCAGCAGGACCCGGCUUGAGCCUGAAGAGCCGAGUUCCCAGCUGGACGAGCUAAGGAGCCAGAUGAAGGAGCUGCUGCUGUCUGUGGAUCUGCUCAAGGCCCAGCAAAUGAAGGAGAUAGCGGGGCUACGACAAGAGCUGGAUGAGGAAAGGCUAAAGCGCAUGGCCCUGCAGAUGGAGAUAGAAAAGCUAAAGCGGACUGUCCACAUGACGUGAAGUUCAUGCUGCAAUCAACAGCAAGCCUCAAGGUCACCUGCUGGCCUGUCGACCAACCAGAGAGCAGGAGGGCGGUGACGGACAGAUUGUUGAACGUAUGGAGAGAGGGUGAAGAAUCAGAUGAACCAUCUUGAGCACAAUCCAUUUUCAGUGAUUUACAAAAAUAAACUUUCCCCAUAUUUGUAAGAUUUACAUUUUGCACAUAUAUUUUUUUCAAGCUAGAUGUAAUUAAGUUACGGAUGUAUAUGUUUCUUUUUAAUUUUUUUUAAUUUUGCCAUCACAAAAAACUGAGGCCUUACUUCAAACUACUGCGCUGGACUUGUAACUCAUUUGCCACUCACGCUCUCUCCCCUUAACUCCGACGUUCCUCUAACUCCUCAGGGAGGAGGUUCACUCUCAGUACUACUGACUUUGUAGAAAGCAGAGGGCUUACCUAAUUUUCUUUCUCAAAUUUUUUUUAUAAUGCACAAAUAGUUGAUUUUAAAAAGUAAGAAAAUGUUUGAUUUCAGAUAACAACUUUGGCUUCUCACAGCAAAUAAUUUUUCUUUCUUAUACAGCACCCGUCAGCAAGUAUUCCACUCCAUGGCUGCAGUGCUUCAGAGAGAGCUCUGCUUUUAAUUUUUCUUUGUCUUCUACAUGUUUUCUAACAUUCCUAUCCAGAGUAACACUACUGUGCCUGUUUUAGAACAAAAUUCUAUUAAGUGUUUGUAAUGGGAGCUUACAUUUACCACAAUGGUGUCUGGACAAUCUGCCGCAUGAUAUUGUAUAUCUAUUUUUUUAAGUCUACUGAUAUGCCUAAUCAGAUAGAGGGCCUCUUGUAUCCUGGUCUCUUCUAUUUUUGUCAAACUGUUUCCCCCCUUGGGAAUGUUCUCAGAACUUUAGCCAGACAGUCUGCAGGUAAUGCAAACUUUCUGGCUAGCCUCCACAUGCAAAAAAACUCUCAUGAGAAAGGAAGGAGUUGUUUCACUCUUCCAUUAACAGGGUUUCUGACCAAAACGUUGACAUGUUUAUGAAAAAGGCAGCCUCAUUACAGUAAUCUGUUUUUAAUCCUAGCAUCCUUCUUCUAAUCCCUGUUGUGGUCCAUUCUAUCUUUUCCUCUCCUUUUUCACAUCCCUCUUUGAUUCAAAGUAAAACAAUAUGAUCUGAGAGGAGACUUGUUUUUCUGCUCUUUAAUGUGUUAUGCAUGCGCCUGCACAGCACUCUUCAGUUGUCCUAUUAUUAUUGUACAUGCAUCUGCCUGUCUUUUCAUCUGCAUCUCUUCCCACAACACCAAGUACACAAAUUAAUCUAACUGGAAGCACACAGUUGAGCGUAGAAAUAAUAAUUAAAUAAACUCAUAUUCUCCCUAUUCUAACUCUGUUGGGGGAGCAAAUAGUUAAAGCCCCUAUGUGUAGAAUUCUUAUAUAAUUGUAUAAUCCUUCAAAUUAUUGUCUUGGUAAACGUUUGAAAAAACUGCUCUGCAAAUUGAUGCAAUCUGUGUGCCUGCCAAAAUGUCUUUUUUGCCACAGCUCUAGAUAGCAGUCUCUAUCAAUUGGUCUAUCAGUUGAUUGGUCAGUUUAUUAGUUUGGUGCAGACAAAUAUGUUGAUAAAUAUAGGACGAAUUGCCAUGAACUUUGGUGCAGACAUUCAUGGUCCCCAAACAAUGAAUGCUGAUGACUUUGGUGAUCUGCUGAUUCUUCAUGUAACACCAACAACAGGUCAAAGUUUCAAAUUUUCUAGUGAAAAAUUUAAAAUGCACUGGCCCAAAAUUUGGUACAGACAUUUAUCAUUAUCAGAUGAUGUAUCCUUAUAACUUUGGGGAUCCCGAAUUCUCAUCUUGAGCCAGCAUCAAGUCAAAAUUUUAGAGUGACUUUAACAUAAGGUUGAAAAGCAGUGUUCCACUGCCUUCUCUGGUUGAAAGUUUCACCUCUGACCACACCCAACAGUGAUGUCAUGAAGUACACUAUCAUUCCAGCAAAGUUCAGCAGCAGCAAUUCAUUUUUUAAACAUAAAAACAUGAUGUAAAUGAACAUUUCUCAGCAGUUUUAACCAAAUUCUCUUAGGUGGACAUUUUACAGUUUAAAAAAAAUAAACUUGUAAAUGCUUUCUUUGGUCACGCUGUUGAGAAACACAUUAUUGGAGUAUGUUAACAUUUAGUUCAAAACACGAAGUACAGUCUCACAGAGCUGUUAGCACUGCUGACUCUUUGUCAUUUGAUUCUACCACCAGUAGUCCCAAGUCUAAAGUGUCCAAGUCACGUAUAGGGGCUUUAAGAAGAAGCUCAUAAACAGAAAAUAAAAAGGGUUGGUUGUUUAUUGUACAUUGCUGUUUUUCUCUCAGCACAGAAUUACUUGUACACUUCAGGAUUCCAAUUGUUCGUUUAAUACUGGGGUAUCUGGAUUCUUACCAUUGUUAGCAAGGUUCAGGGCUGCAGAAAUGUAGAGCACAGGGUGAGUCGAACUAAUGCAAUAUAAGAUGUGAGUUACUCUCAUUAAGGUCUAACCUGUAGCCUUGAGCUCUGAGUGUACAGUGAAUAGUUCUGUGCUGAUAACCAUUUUAUCUUGGUGUUGAGAUGCUUUUGAGAAAAUGAGAGCAGUGCAGUACCAAGUGUAACCCCCUCUGGCCUAUAUACGGGCUAGAGGGAUAUUUUGGCCCUGAGUAUUGGUCAAAAUAUUGACAGCAGGUUUAAUUUCCAAGUCAGAUGUUCUGUAAUUGUUUCACAUCUACUACUGUGUACCACAAACACAAAUACUGGUUACUGUCAUUGCUUUUUUUGUUUGUUUUUUAAAUAUCCUUACAGAUAUCUCACAAAUGUCUUAAAGAAGCGUUACUUUACUUUUAAAAAAUCCUCAGGCCUGAUUCCAUGUGUCCAAUGUGUGUGCAUGCUUUUGCUGGUGUCUGCUCGCAAACAUUCAAGUCUGACAGCGUCCAUGAUGCUAAAUACUGGACUCCAGAGUGCUUUGACCAAGUUGAUACUCUAUAUCUGACGUUAAUGAGCAUGGCACUCAUGCAGUUUGUUGCCUGAUGUAAAACAAACUAUUUUAGCACAAAAUUCUCUAGCAAUAUGAAUGGGCGAUGAAAUAAUUACAAUGUGGGAAAGAGGGAUUGGCGGGUUUGGGUGACAGCUCUUCAUGUAAUAUCUGUAAUUCAGCCUAACUUCCAGGUAUUGUACAUUCCAGAGUUUGACAUCAAGAAAAAAAGAAAUAUGUGCACAUUUAUAACAUAUUUUCAAGUGAUUUUGUUUACAAGAGCUGUAUUCUUGCAUGAGCUGAGAUUCUU